AAUGGAGAAGAGAACUGGAGAAGUGCGCACCGGAGUUUGACGCAGCUGGAGGAACCAAUCUGGUCUUGCGACCCAUGGCAAUGUUACACAGCAGUGAACGUUGGUGGAAUGACUCUGAGCGAUCGGCCAGUCCAGGGUCCAACGUCAGCCUGGGUCCAGCUAUAGAAGAUGGGAUUCGCAACUACUAUGCUAUGCUCUAUUCCCUGCUUAUCCUGGCGAUUGUGUUUGGCAAUGUGCUGGUGUGUCUGGCAGUGGUCAGAGAGAGGUCUCUCCAAACCACCACUAAUUAUCUGGUGGUGAGCCUGGCCGUGGCUGAUCUGCUGGUAGCUUCACUGGUCAUGCCAUGGGCUGUCUACUUGGAGGUGGUUGGGGGUGCCUGGCUCUUCAGCCGAAUAUACUGCAACAUCUUUGUGACGCUGGACGUCAUGAUGUGUACGGCCAGCAUCCUUAACCUGUGUGCCAUCAGUAUCGACAGGUACACAGCCGUGGUGAUGCCUGUACUGUACAACACAACCAACAGCUCUCGUAAGAGAGUAUCAGUCAUGAUCGCCACAGUGUGGGUCCUGGCCUUCGCUGUUUCCUGCCCUUUAUUGUUUGGAUUCAACACCACAGACGAUCCCCUGGUGUGCUCCAUAUCCAACCCUGAUUUCGUCAUCUACUCAUCGGUGGUGUCGUUCUACCUGCCCUUCAUGGUGACGCUGCUGGUGUACAUUCGCAUCUACAUCUUCCUCAGGAGGAGGAGGAAGAGGAUAACGUUCCGACAGGCCAGCAGUGAAGCUCAUUCGGGAUUUGCACUACAGUCUGCAGAGACGUGUUUGCAAGAGGACAUCCGCAAAGAGAGACGUGACCUGUCGCCCAUCAGGAUCAACGUGGUAAAUGAGAGGGCCGAGAAGGCGGUGCGGCCCCGGCUCAUCUCCGGCUGCCUGCGGCGCAAACGGCCCAGAACCGCUCCGGUGGAGAAUUCUCUCCUGCCCCCGGUGGACACACAGAACUACUGCAGUAUCAGCCAGGCGUCCUUCGCGCGCACUGAAGCUGAUCCGAAUCCGGAGGAAGAGCAGGGGCGUGAGGGGGGGCCGGCCGUGGUGAGGUGCUGCGAAGUGAAGGAACUGUCCAACGGCCAGGCGCACAUCACGCUGCGACCGCCGCGGGUCUCGAUGAAUAACAAUCACAGCCGCUAUCGGAACCGACAGUCCCGGGAGAAGAAAGCCACGCAGAUGCUGGCGAUUGUACUGGGCGUGUUUCUCAUCUGCUGGCUGCCCUUCUUCGUCACUCACAUUUUGAACACUCACUGUAAGAAAUGUCACGUGCCGCUUGAACUCUACAGUGCCUUCACCUGGCUGGGCUACGUCAACAGCGCUUUAAACCCGGUCAUUUACACCACCUUCAACAUCGAGUUCCGCCGAGCCUUCAUCAAGAUCCUCACCUGCUGA